UCAGUUCUCUAGCUCUCCUCCUGCGGAUUACCGUCACCCGGCCGGGUCGUGCCUACUUUCCAUUUCUUCUUGCUAUUGCUUCUUUUUAUUUAUUUAUUUUUGUGCGGCAUAUUAUUUGGGACAGGGAGCGACCUUGUCCCAUGCUCUGAUUUGAAAUGAGGGGAGCGGAGAGCAGCAGAGAAGCCGCAGCAGCGCUUUGAACCAUCAUGUAUCCCUGGCUGACUGCACUCUGAGAGCCACUCUAAAGGAAGGAGCGACAGCAGCGCAACCAUGAGCGGAGGAGAAAUCAUCUUUCAGGGCUGGCUGAGGAAAUCACCCCCGGAGAAAAAGCUGAGGAGAUAUGCAUGGAAGAAACGCUGGUUUAUACUUCGGAGUGGCCGAAUGAGCGGUGACCCCGAUGUUCUGGAGUAUUACAAAAACGACCACUCGAAGAAGCCCAUCCGGGUCAUCGACCUGCACUGCUGUGAGCAGGUGGACGCUGGCCUGACCUUCAAGAGGAAGGAAUUCCAGGACAGCUUUGUCUUCGACAUCAAGACCUCAGAUCGCACUUUUUAUCUCGUAGCUGAGACGGAGGAAGAGAUGAACAAGUGGGUCCGCUCCAUCUGUCAGCUGUGUGGUUUUAACCAGUCCGACGACACUCAUGAGAGUAGAUUACACCAUAUGCCUCGAUCUGUUGGAGCAGAUGUCACCAGCUCGAUGGCUCCUAUAAGCGGAGAACGGAAGUCGUCGGCGCCUGUCCACUCCAGCCAGCCAGUGCUCUUCACCUUCGAUGUGCCUGUGCGCCACUCGCACCAUGGCUCACUGUCCAACAGUGCUCCUCAGGACUACCUCCUCCUCCACCAGUGCAUGAGCAGGAAGACUGAGAGUGCACGGAGUGCCAGUUUCUCCCAAUCUACGCGAAGCAAUGUGUUACUGGGGAGCAACUCUCCGGUGCAGAAAUUCUCCUAUGGCUUUUCGAACUGUUUAAAUGGCACGGGGGCUCAGCUGCAUGGUUUUUACAGCCUGCCCAAACCUGGGAAGCAUCAACUGUCCGUGCACGAUGAUUCACAGGAGGCCUGUUAUGUCCUUCCACGGGGUUACAGCUCGGAGGCCCCACCUCACAGCAGUCUGGGAGAUACUGACUUUGAGAACGAGGAGGUGUAUACCUUCAAAACCCCCUGCAACACCCUCGCCACGUUGCACAACAAUGAGCGGUCACCAGACAACUACGACUUCCCCACUACGCCCGGCUCCUUCUAUCAGAUCCCAAGGACAUUUGACAAGAACCAUAACUCCCUGACGCCUUCCAGCUCUGAAUCUUCCUGCGCUCCUCCACCGAGGCCCCCUAAACCUAACCAGGGCUCUGAGGGGAACUGGGGUAGUCCCCACUCAGCUGGGAGUCAGAAUGGGGAUAUGACAUCUGCUGUGUCAGCCCUCCCUCGCAGAAACACUCUCCCUGCUGUUGAGAAUAUCAGGCUCCACAGAGGCUCCUCCUUUGAAAUCAACAACCACCAUCGUUUGUUCCACUUUAACAACUCGGGCCAGUCUGUCGAGUCUGUUAACGACGGCUUCAGCUCAUACCUGAGAAGCCAGACUCCUUUGACUCGCUCGGACAGCGGUAAUUCGGAUGACAACUAUGUCCCCAUGAAUCCUGGCUCCUCGCCGCUCAGCGCUGCCCAGGCUGACAGUCCGAAGAAUGUCUACAUUCCCAUGAGUCCUGGACCGCAUCACUUUGAUUUCCCAGGGUUCUCUGCGACAUUACCUGCCCGAAAGGGGAGCAGUGCAUCCUUGUGUCACAGGCCUGGUCGUCUAAGUGAUGUCACACCUCCUCCCAUCAACCGCAAUCUUAAACCUAACAGAAAAUCUAAGCCAACACCACUUGAUUUAAAGAACAAUGGGAUCAUAGAUGAGCUGCCGUAUAAGAGCCCCGUCACCAUGUCAUGGACACGGCCCAUGCAGGAGAUGAACUCCUCCCACCACUGUCGACCCAUUUCCACGCAGAGCAUCACCAGCACUGACUCUGGAGACAGCGAGGAGAAUUAUGUGGCUAUGCAGAACCCAGCAUCUACCUCCCCAACUGUGAGCGGCACCAGCAGCCCGGCUCCUCGGAAGUCUGGGAACGUGGACUACCUGGCACUGGAUUUCCAGCCUGGCUCACCCAGCCCACACAGAAAACCCUCCACAUCGUCUGUGACGUCUGAUGAGAAGGUGGACUACGUGCAAGUGGACAAGGAAAAGACCCAGGCACUUCAAAACACGAUGCAGGAGUGGACCGACGUGCGGCAGUCAGCUGAACCUGUCAAGGGGGUCAAAUCCUGACACUGACUUGUUAAAAAGAAACAAACGAGAACUGAACUCAAGAGGAUGCUUGGAUUCAACAAAGAAAAACAUUUGGACUUACUUAAGACUUAUUUUUUGGAGGGCAAAAAAGCCAUAUAUAUAUUCAAUGCCUGUUGUCUCUGUGAUGAUUACUGCUGAAGUACACUGCUAGCAUGCAGGACGGGAUAUCAGGCUCUACAGGUAAAAGCAAGCUGCCAAAGCUUCAAAAACAGACUCUUGGAGUGUAUAAAAAUAUCAUUGUCUCUUCAGUCCUUUUAGAUAUAUUCCAUAAUUAAACCUGUCCCACCACGGCUUAGCAGAUUUCCCUUUCAGUCGCAUCCAGAUGGUGGUUUGCUCCGGGCGGCAGCACUGGCUAACUGGUGGAUAACUAUACUGUGACAGGACACACAGGUCUCAGGAAUGACAAGAUGUUCUCCAAUUUGGGCACGCUUUCUCUUCUUUUUUUCAACUUCAAGCUGUCAUUUGGGCUGAGUUUUGCCGUAGCAGUAAGGGGAAGAUCAUUUUCACUGCAGGCAAUCAUUUCAGCUUAGCAGUGCAUGUCUAGCAGGAGGAAAGGGGAGACGGAAAUACCGCCGUUCAAAUAUGCAAAGGCCUCGUGUCAAGAUUGCCUAUAAUGAUAACUGCACUGUUGCCUCAGUUUCAAUUAGGUAGGAAACAGGACAAGAUUAGGGAGCUGUCAGACUCACAAUUGGAUGACAGUCCAAUUAUUCCUAUAUUUCUAUAGAGUUAUUCAUGUUCAAAUGAAACGAAUGAUGAAAAGUAGGCGGAGUGAAAAGAAUUAUAGUUUUUUUUUACGUAUUCUUUUAAUUCAAAGGGGAUAUAAAACACAUUUAUACAGGAUUUCCUUUCCAGCAAGAUUCCGUCUAAGGCUAAAUGCUGCAUGAGAGCAGCAAACUGAAGAGCUAACGAACUGGCACCCUACAGAGAGAGAUUAAAAAGACAGUAUUUCAAAUUUGUAUUUCAAAAACGAAGGCACUGCAUUUAGAUAGAUAUUACAAUUUCUGCUCCAACUCUUCCCAGAACUGUAACUCUGAUGUGCACGAGCAUGCUUCGCUAUAUUCCUCCUAAAAGCUUUGUUCCCAGAGUAGGCUAAUGCAGAGUCUGUAACCGUCUUACUUUUCUCCUCAUAAUCAGUCAUUUUGAAGGUUAAACUCCACCACAAUAAUAUAUCAAAAAUGUCGAAUUAAUUAAAUUCUCUGACAUAUAAGCCACAACUGAGGCUAAAUAUUGAGUGUAAGUACACACGGUUGUUGUUUACAGUAUGUUUUUUGGGGCGAUGGGGGCUUUUACAAACUGAUAAAACAAAAAGAAAACAAAUAAAAUAUAAAAAAGCGUUAUAUUACCUAGAGAAUCAUCCUCGCAAACAUUUAUUUUAUUUAACUUUACUCUCUGCUGAAGCUCUGUUACGUCACAGACACGAAAUGUGAUGUCUUAUUUCUCCUAAGGUUUGUGUUGCUUCUUCCCUUUUAGAGUAAGUUUGCCCUUUAAAGAAUAUUUAAAAACAGCUCCGUAUAACUAUACACUUUACUCCCAUCUACCUUAGCAGAUAGGAGUAAAAAUAGAGCAGGAGGUGCUCCAUUUCACAAGGUUUGUAGAUAUGUCAAGCAGAUACUGCAUUGUUAGGUUUAACCUUCCCACACUACGUCUCUUAGCAUUAGUUAUGUAUAAAUUAUUGACAUAUUAAGUGCAUCUUUGGUUUGAAAUCCUUUGCACUCGUGUGGUUUAAAACAAGCUACAUUGAUUAACAUGGAAACUCAUCACUAAUGAUAAAAGCUUAAAAUGGAGAAGUGUAUUUCAAUGCUUCAUUUUUUGUCUAAUUUGCCUUAUAUUUUUAUUUUUUUUAUAUAAUAUAGAUUCUGAAAUAUUCAGGAGUUUAGAUUAAUCCUAAUUCUCAAACAAGGACCACAUUGUAUUUAGAACAACUGAGUGAUCAGUUUCUAACUGAAGUGAAGUCCAGUAUUUCAUUGUGGGCUGGAACCACCUAAUAGGAAUAUUAGAGCCAUGCAGUGCUGGGAUGUGUUGUCAAUUACUUCUGUUUUUUUACACUUGAUGUUUUUUUCAAAAAUCUUUUUAAUCAUUUUUAUUACUAUUAUUAUUGAUCAAUGUAACCUAGUGUUGUGUGCAGCCGGAGAAGAUCAGGCUAAUUUAAGCAAAAAAAAAAAUGUAUUUGAUUCAGCUUUAAAUUUCCACACCGGCUUUUGCUAGCUGUAUGUAUGCCAUGCUGCAAAACCAGAUGAACUGUGAUUUACAAAGAGGGGAGAAAAGAUUGAAGAAGAGGAGCCCGUCUACCUGUCUGUUGAAGUGAAGGGGAGAUGUAAUUUAUUAUCUGGAGAUGCUCGCUGCAAGCAGGGGAGCUGUGUACGUGUUGUGGUGGAUUGCGAGCUGGGUUAUAUUCGGUGACAGCCUGGCAGGCGCGAGACUGAAAACGCUUUGAUCUGCUGUCAGACUGAUGACGUACUGUACUGAUAAAGAUCUUUUCUUUAAAACCACUGUCGUUGCUACUACUGUAAAGCAUUCGGAGACUGCUUGUGUGUUAACUUAUUAAUUUAUUGUGUGUUUUGCAGUUGGUAAUUGUGGAUAAAAAAAGAAAAAAAAAGUGGG